AUGGCGACACCAGCAAGAGCCUCUCGCGCUCUCUUGUUUAUGCGCCAUUGCCGACGCUCCUCCCUGGUCCCAAGUACUCGCCAUUCCUCGUCCUACGCCGCUUCCUCUUCGUCGCCAUACGCACCGUCAAACUUCACCCGCCAGGCACCGUCACCACCUGCAGCAUCGUCCAAACCGGACACCUCUUACGAUGCCUUCCCAUCCUCCUCCUCCUCCUCCUCUUCCUCAGCGCUCUCCUCUCUCCCGACCCCGCGGCCGCUCUACGCCCACCCAAAAUCCCGCUCUCCUCCAGUCGAAAUUCCGGGCACCAGACUAACGCCCUAUACAUGGCUCCUCUCGCUCCUGGGUUUCGCACCCAAGCCGGCCCCAUCCUACACCCCGGCGCCCUUCCGCGUGACGAACAACCCGUACCGCGCACGAAAGAAGUGGCCUCCGGACUUCCGCAACCUGGAUCCUAAGCAACAGUUCCAUUUCGAGAAGACGUACAGGCGGAGGGCCGCGUUGAAGUGGGCACGCCCCAGGUGGAACAAGGCCAUAAAAUUGCUGCAGCAGACGUUGAUCACGGCGACGAUCGUGUAUUUUGUCUUCAUCUGCGAGCCCAGCCAUGGCAUGGGCACGCCUUUUGACGGGUUUCGCAUGUGGUUCUUCGAUAAGCUGGGAAAAUUGGGACAGCUGCCUGAAUCUACUAGAGAGGAGGCGGAUAAGCUGAGUGAGGAAGCGAAGAAGAAGAUGAAAUCCCCUGUUGAGACGUCACCUACGACUGCCACAUCUUAA